AUGACAUAUUGUAAUGCGUUUCCAGCGAUUUUCCGGAAACGCGAUGAUGCCUAUAACAUCUGCACUGAUGACAUUAAAAUUGCCCAAAAUCCGAAGAAAACGCGAAAGAAAUUUGUGGCAACUUUGUGCACUUUGAUUGUCACUUUCCUGCUCAUCGUUUUAGGAGUUCAUAUCAUUUUCAUCAAUAAAACACCAAAAUCGUCUUAUGACAGGUCCAGCGAUGUUGAACUUUUGAGUAAGGUGAAAGUGUCGAAAAGUGCUCAAAAGUUGGCUCGAAGCGGGAAAUUGAUGUGUUGGGUGCAGACUUCUCCGUUGUACCAUGAUACUCGGUCUUUGGCAAUCAACGAAACAUGGAUACAUCGAUGCGAUCAUGGUCAGUUGUUCACUUCCGAAGAAUUCGAAGACCAGCGGAUUCCAUUCUCAACGGUUUUCGCUGGAAUUCCAGACACUUAUUAUAAUUUAUUCUUCAAAAGUCGAUAUGCAUUCAAAUACAUUCACGAUAAUAUCUCGAAGGAUUUUGAGUGGUAUAUGAAGGCAGAUGAUGAUACAUAUGUUAUAGUCGAAAAUCUCAAAAAGUAUCUCGACACAUUGAAUCCUGACGAACCGCAUUAUUUGGGAUAUGUCCUGAAGCCUUAUUUGAAAAAUGGAUAUAACGCGGGCGGUGCCGGCUAUGUUCUCUCUCGGGCUGCCUUGAAAAUAUUUGCCGACUAUCUUUAUUCGAAUUCGACGGCAUGUCCAGAUGAUAUUUAUGAAGACGUCGGAAUUGCUCACUGCCUGGAGAGCGCCGGCAUUUUUCCGGAAGACACAAGAAAUUCGAAUGGGCAGAACAGAUUUAACACUUUUUCACCGGCCGAGACGUUCCAUCAACUGAAAGCUGACUCAACCUGGGUAAAAUAUAAAGAGAAAAAUGGAUAUGAGGCAUUCGCAAACGAUUUGAUAUCUUUUCAUCAUCUUACACCCGAUGAAAUUCGAUUAUUCGACAUUCUAUUGUAUAGAACAGACCGAUUAUAA